GUGAAGCAGGUUGGCAGGUAAAGGAAUUCGCCAUGUGGACUCUUUUGGUUCUUUGCAGCGUGAUUGCCUCACUUGGAGUGCAAGGUGCUGAUCAGCUCCAAAAAAGUGAGGAAAGGAAUCUUGCAAAAGGUUCUCCAGAUUCCUGCAGAAACAGUUGUGGCAACCAUGUUGGAAACUGCUCUUGCUCUUCAAGCUGUGGAAACGAUGGGAACUGCUGUCCAGACUAUAAAGACUACUGCUCUUCUACAGCAGAACCACUAGCACGAACAGAGUGGUACUCGUGUCGUUUCAACUGUGGCUGGGACCAUGGAAGCUGUUCCUGCAGAGACUCUUGUCAAUACUAUGGCAACUGUUGCCAUGACUACAACUAUUACUGCCCAAGCUACACUACCGAGGAUCCGUACAUGACAACUCAGCCCUCUUGUUAUAACAACUGCAACCAGCACAUGGGAAUCUGCUCCUGCACAAGCUCUUGUCAAUACUAUGGCAACUGUUGCUCCGACUACCACUCAUACUGUGAUUCAACUGCUGCACCCACCACAGAUCAGCCCUCAUGUGUUAACCACUGUGGCUGGCACAUGGGAAGCUGCUCCUGCUCAAACUCUUGUGAAUGGAGAGGAAACUGUUGUUAUGACUACUACUCAUACUGUUACGCAACUUCCACACCCGUCACAGCUCAGCCCUCAUGUCUUUACAACUGUGGCAGUCACAUGGGAAGCUGCUCCUGCUCAAGCUCUUGUGAAUGGAAUGGAAACUGUUGUAAUGACUACUAUUCCUACUGCCAAAUCACAACUGACAUGCCAGCUACAGCAUCGCCCUGUGGAGGCUCUCUGUAUGGCUCUGGUUCCUUCUCCAGCCCGAACCAUCCCUACGAAUACCACAAUAAUGCCUACUGUGUGUGGCAGCUCAGGGCUGCAAAUGACCAAAGAAUCUUCCUGUCUUUCGCCUACCUGCAAAUGGAGAACUGCUGCAACUGUGACUAUAUUAACGUCUACGAUGGGCCAUCUACUAACUCAAGAUUUUUGGGGAAAGUGUGCAACGGAAGUCUGAGUACUUUCUAUUCCACCUCCAAUUACAUGACGGUGCUCUUCAGGACGGAUAGUUCUGUGGUUGGCCGAGGGUUCAAUGCUGACUUCAUGAGCUCUCUGCCACCAAGCGCAGGUCGAGUGGACUGUUCUUCAGACAACAUGAACAUUGUGAUCGAGAGGAGUUACCUUAACUCUCUUGGCUACGAUGGCCGUAGUUUGUAUCUGAAUGACCAACACUGCAGACCCAAGGUUUCAAGCCUCCAGGUGGUCUUCAGCUUCCCCAUUAACACCUGUGGCAACAUUCCAAAGUUUGAGAAUGACAGAAUUGUGUACACCAACUCUCUCCGAGCCUAUGCCUCUGACUACGGAGACAUCACACGCCAGUCUCACUUUAAGAUGAACGUGGGCUGUCGGAUGGAGCCGGACUCAGUGUCCCAGAUCUUGUACCUUGUCCGUCACAUUGAUAACAGCAGCAUAACAGGGACAGGCAGAUUCAAUACCAGCAUGGAGUUCUACAAAACCAGCAAUUUCUACUACCAGGUGACGGAUGAUCCAUACAUUGUGACACUCAACCAGAACAUGUAUGUCCAAGUGGACCUGAGGAGGGGGGACAACAACCUGGUCCUUUAUCUUGACACCUGUGUGACUUCACCAUCACCCAAUGAUUUCCAGAACAGAUCUUACUACCUGGUUCGCAAUGGCUGUACUGUGGACAGCACCUACUAUUCCUACGUAUCUGGCACCCAUCCCUAUGCCCGCUUCACAUUUAAGGCCUUCCAAUUCCUGCGAGCCACAGAGUCGGUGUACAUCCAGUGCAAGGUACUGGUAUGUUCAGCCUCUGACAAGAAUUCCCGCUGCCGCCGUGGAUGCUACAACCGUGCCGCCAGAGACGUGGGGUCAAAACAUGACAGCCAAACUCUGGUCCUGGGUCCCAUUCAACUCAAAGAACCUGAGAAAAAGGAAGAAGACACUCCUAAGCAGGAGAAGGCUUAACUUGAUUCUAGCGGCUUCAAUCAUCUUUACUGAUCAUUAUAGCCCAUUCUCUUCAUUGCGACAAUGAAUUAUACUCACUAUUUCUUUCCUUUCAUCACAACUUAUUAAAAGCAUCAUCAAAAGACAA